AACCACACAGUUCACAGUUGAGCAAAAUGAAAAAUUUGUUCAUUAGGAUUAUUGCAAAUCAUAAGAAUAAUUUUCAAUGGAAUCAAAUAAGAAUACAGCUCUAGGUUUGAUUAAACCAAUAUCUAAAGAUGUUGUUCAUCAAAUAUGUUCUGGUCAGAUCAUUUUAACAUUAGCAGUUGCUGUGAAAGAAUUGAUAGAGAAUUCAAUAGAUGCUGGUGCUUCAAUAAUCGAUGUAACACUUAACGAAUAUGGUUCUGAAAGUAUUGUAGUAUGUGAUAAUGGAGAAGGUGUUUUGGAAAAUAAUUUUGAAGCUUUGACAUUGAAGCAUUACACUUCCAAAAUUGAUAACUUCUCAGAUCUUCAGUUUUUAGAAACAUUAGGUUUUCGUGGAGAAGCAUUAAGCUCAUUAAGUGCUCUUGCUGAUCUAUCAAUUUUAACUAAACAUGCUUCAUCUGAACAGGCUAAUAAAAUAAAAUAUAAUAAAGAUGGUAAAAUAAUGGAAGUAUCUCUAGCAGCUAGAGAAACCGGUACUACAGUAAAAUUGGAAAAUUUAUUUUCAACAUUACCUGUUCGAAGAAAAGAAUUUUUGAAAAAUUUGAAAAGAGAAUUUAAUAAGAUGUGUCAACUAUUGUAUGCAUACUGUUUAGUUUCUAAAGGCAUUAAAUUCACUUGCACAAAUGUCACUGCUAAAAGUAAGAAAAAUAUUAUAAUGUCUACACAAGGUCACAAUACGGUUAAGGAAAAUAUAAUAAGUGUAUUUGGUCCAAAACAAAUAUCAUCUUUAAUAGAGGUGGAUUUGAUUCGGCCAAAUCAAGAUAUUUUGAAUGAAUAUAGUAUCAAACUAGGAGAUGAAGAGGAAUUACCGUUUGAAAUGGAAUUUUUAGUAUCAAGUGUUACUCAUGGAAAUGGACGUAGUUCAACAGAUAGACAAUUUUUUUAUGUCAAUUCACGGCCAGUAGAACCAACAAAAAUCAUAAAAUUAGUCAAUCAAAUUUACAAACAGUUCAAUGUUAACCAGUAUCCCUUUGUUUACCUCAAUAUUCUGGUGAAAAGUUCCAUAGUAGAUGUUAAUGUAACACCUGAUAAAAGACAGAUUUUUUUAGAAAAGGAGAAAUUAUUUCUAGCCACCAUAAAAGCAUCAUUGUUAGAAUCUUUCAAGUUAUUUCCUUCAAAAGUACCGAUGGAAAACCAAGAUAUUUCAAAAUUACUGACAUUUUCCAAUUGCAAUCAAGGAAGUAAAGGAAUGAAACGAAGUUUAACAGACUCUUCUGAAAUGAAAAAGGAUUUCUUAAAUAGUUUUAGGAAAAAACACAAAAGUGAUUCUGAAAUCAAUUCGGAAAAAGACGGGUUUCUUUUCUUCUCUAAGCCAAAUAUUGAACCAAAAUUGGUAGAUUCAACAAAAAAUAAUAAGGAAAAAUUAGAGAUUGAAACAAAUAUGGUAGAUGUGAAAAUAGAAAAUUUUCUCUCACGUGAUACACCAUCUUCCUCUAAAAUUGAAUCAUACAAUUUGAUUGAAGAAAAAAAAGUUAAAGAGGAUAUAGGCAGUAGUAGAGAUGAGGCAGAUGAGAAAGAUAUACUUGAAAAUCAAUCUAAUGUUUGUGUUAAAACACUCAACUCAUCUGAAGAACACAUUUUGAUGAAUGAAAACAAAAGGGCAAUUCAAUUAUCACUAUCAGAACAAAAAAUAACUCUUGAAAAAGAGUGUGAAGAUGAAAACUAUGCUACAAUUGUUUUAGACAACCCUAAUAGAAGAAUUAAAAACACAAAAUCUGUUCAUUAUGAUAUAUCAUUGCAAAGCAUUAGAGAAUCCAUUUAUAGGGAACAAACAGAUAGCUCCAACUCUCAUGAUAUUAAAGUAAAAUUCAGAUCAAUUAUCGCACCUGAAAAUAAUAAAAAAGCAGAGGAAGAACUUCAAAGGCAGUUAUCAAAAAAAGAUUUUUUUGAUAUGAAAAUCAUAGGUCAGUUUAAUUUAGGUUUCAUCAUAACGAGAUUAGGAAAUGAUUUAUUCAUCAUUGAUCAGCAUGCUACUGAUGAGAAAUAUAAUUUUGAACAAUUACAGGCAUCUACGGUGUUACAAAAACAAACAUUGGUUAACCCAAAAUGUUUGGAACUUACAGCUGGAAAUGAAAGCAUACUUAUAGAAAAUGAAGAAAUUUUUCAAAAAAAUGGGUUUCAUUUCAAGAUUGAUGAGAAUGCACCAAUUACUAAAAGAGUUUUACUUACUGCAGUACCCGUGAGUCAAAAUUUUGUGUUUGGAAAAGAUGACAUAGACGAAAUGUUAUUUAUGUUGAAGGAUUCUAGUCAUACUAUGUGUAGACCUUCUAGAGUAAGAGCUAUGUUUGCAUCUAGGGCAUGCAGGAAAUCAGUAAUGAUUGGCAAAUCAUUAUCUACAAAAGAUAUGAAACAACUGAUCGAACAUAUGGGAGAAAUAGAACAACCAUGGAAUUGUCCACAUGGUCGUCCAACAAUACGACACCUUAUCAACAUGGAUCUUCUUAGUGAAGAUGAUGAAUAAUAAUAUUUUUUCAAUUUAUUUUGUUAUUUUAAUGAACAACUCUAUCAAUCUUUACAAGUGGAAUAUACACCACAAACAUAUACAAUGAUUUAAUAUCAUAAUACAUCAAUAUUUUAUUAAACUUCAACCUCAAUAAAAAAUUUAUAAACAAGUGAAACGUAUA